AUGAACACCCCAACAGAAAUCGGCGAUGUAAGUGCAAUUCUCGCCGAAACACCAGAAAAGCUCCAGCGCGUCCUUCCGAAGGAAAACACAGUCCGCGUCCGGAACCUCAUCAAGCGAUAUGAGAUGGGAACGCAGACUGUGGACGCCCUCCGCGGUGUCAACUUCCAAAUCCAGCGUGGCGAGUACAUUUCUAUUAUGGGUCCCUCCGGUUCAGGGAAGUCAACACUUUUCAACAUGAUUGGCGGCUUAGACAAACCGACCGAGGGUAGAGUUUACGUUGACGAGGUGGACAUCGCACAACUUGACGCGUACGAACUCGCAUGGCUCCGCUGUCGAAAGAUCGGCUAUAUCUUUCAAUCGUUCAACCUCAUUCCCGUUAUGACUGCACUCGAAAAUGUCUCACUCCCGAUGAUUUUCGCCGGUAUGAGUGCAGACGAAAGCAGAGAGAAAGGCGUUGACCUCCUUACACUCGUCGGAUUGGGUGACCGCGUGCAACACAAGCCGUUAGAACUCUCCGGUGGACAGCAACAGCGCGUCGCAAUUGCACGUUCGCUUGCGAACGACCCGGCAAUUGUUCUUGCUGAUGAACCGACGGGAAACUUGGACACUAAAACCGGACUCGAAAUCAUCGCCCUACUCCGUCGACUCAAUGCUGAAAACGGCGUAACCAUCAUCACUGCAACGCAUGAUUACAAGAUGUUAGAUGUCUCCGACCGCAUCUUCCACAUGGCGGAUGGUAAGGUGGAAAAGAUUGAAGCGCGCGAUGAGAUUAACCUCCAGGUCGGUAAAUUAGACGGUGAAGAAGUCGGGUAA